GGAGGUAAGUGUUUUGAUUGUUUCUGGUCCUCGUCCCGUGCUUAUGAUCUUCAUGCUUGCAGCUGCUCGCCUGUUGGCACGAUGUGGUAAGUGCCUCAAUGGUUUUCUGUCUGCAACCCAUGUGGACAGGUCUUACAUCUUGCUCUUGUUUUUGGCAGGUGGUGAGUGUCUUGAUAUACCCUGUAUUGAAAUCCUUAUUUUCCAUGGUCAUUCAUAUUGCGUAUUUUCUUGCACUGCGCAGAAUGAGGCACGUACCUCGCUCUAUGGAGUUGAUUCUGAUACCCAUACUUUCAACCUUUGGCUAGGCCACAAUCGAGCGAAAUGACAUUAUCCGCGUCCUUCAGCCUUUGGUUGCGAAGGGAUCAUUGUUCACUGCUGCUGCGAAAAGAAUCAUUGAGACUGGUAUUGCUACUAUUAUCGUCCUCGAGUACUCUGCCUUUCUCUCGAACAACAUAAAAAACUUGGAGCACGUCGAGUUUGCCGUGAGCGAAUACCUGAAAUCUCCGGCGGCUCACGCAGUGGAGAAAGGAGCGAAAGAGAUUUA